AUGCAAUACAAGACUGUGUCCACUUGUCCUUCAGGUGUAGUCGAGUGGAACGAUUUAUCUACCACCAAUCCAUUGAAUUCUCAUCAGGUUCCGUGUGCUCGUGCACAAAUUGACGGUAGUUCCGGUCUGAAUACGUGUCGGUUCCACUCGUCUGGAUCUCAUGUGGCCGUCGGAGAUAUGGGUGGCAAAAUCCAUUUGUACGACCUAAACGAGGUCAUGGUAGCCUCUCGUGCGAACGAUUGGAAUCUGCUCAGUCGAACCAUUGAAGAAGCCCGUCCGUCAUGUAAAGAGUCCGCAGUGGACGGAGACAUGGGCUCUGCCGCCGUGGCUGUAAGCAAUUAG